CGAGCCUAAUCCAUUCGAACAACCUGGUAACUUAAGUUGAAGUCUUAAACUAGAACAUGUUACAGACCUACGCUUGGUGUCUGGAGUUUGGACCGCAAAUCUUGCAGUUGCAAAGCACAAAACCUCCCUUCUCCUCUAAUUUCCUAACUCUGCUGCUCUCCCUUCUAUUUCUUCCCUCCUUAAGACUUCUCAAUUUUCUCCACGCUUGCCUCGCACUUUCUUUCGCUUUCUUCUCUUGAAAUUCCUCUCUUUCCUCAAUAUGCACCAAGCAUCUGCUUCACUUGCCUAAUUUUGCGACUGCGCUUCGUUUGCAGUGUACUUGAGAGUGUGGAACAAUAAAUUGCCAUGUAUGCAAGGAGAAUAAAGGGUAGGAAUCAAAUAUGGGGUUCCCUGUUUCAGUCUUCAAAAUAUUUAUUUAGGCCAAACUGCCUUGUUCAUGCUUGUGCUCGAUCUUUGAGCCAUACUGCUGCAUUGACAAACCCAUCACCUCGCAGUCAUAGAAUAGGAAGAUAUUUGUUAGAAUCAUUUUUGUCUUCAGCUGUUGCUCCUGGAAACUGUCAUACAGGUUUCCAUGUGAGGUCCAGUAUUGGUUUGAGAAGUACUCAAUUGCGUGCCUACAGUUCUGAGGGUGAUGGAAGGAAUGCAAGUGAGAAUAAUCAGAAACCUGUUACUGAUGGUGCUAACUUGGAUAAGGGAGAGAAGGGAAAGACAUGGCCUGAGAAAGUCAGUGAAGAUGUGAAACACUGUGAUGCCCAUGCUCGACUUGGGGAACAAGAACAAAAGGAAUGGCUACAUAAUGAGAAACUAACCAUUGAGAAUAAAAAGAAAGAAUCGCCAUUUUUGACUAGACGUGAAAGGUUCAAAAAUGAGUUCUCGCGGAGGGUUGUUCCAUGGGAGAAAAUAAACAUUUCUUGGGAGACAUUUCCUUACCACAUUCAUGAGUACACCAAAAAUCUUUUGGUUGAAUGUGUUGCUUCGCAUUUGAAACAUAAGAAGUUUGCUGCUUCGUUUGGUGGUCGUCUGUCCUCUUCUAGUGGGAGAAUAUUGCUUCGAAGUGUACCAGGCACUGAGCUUUAUCGGGAGAGAUUAGUUAGAGCACUUGCACAAGAUUUACGAGUUCCACUCUUGGUGCUUGACAGCAACAUUCUUGCUCCUUAUGAUUUUGGUGAUGAUUACUCAUCAGAUGAAGAUAACGUGGAAUCCUGUGAGGAUUGUACUUCAGAGUCAGAGAUUGAGGAUGAAAAUGACACUAGUAAUGAAGAUGACUGCACAAGCAAUAAUGAGGCCAAAUCAGAUUGUAGUGAUGCUGAUGCUGAUGCAGAGGUUACUGCUGAGAAAGCUCUUAAGAAGCUUGUUCCUUACAACCUCGAAGAUUUCGAGAAGACAUUUGCUGGAGAAGUUGAGACUUCUUCUGAGUCCCCAAAGUCUGACGGUGGUGAGGCUUCUGAUCGAUUGAAACAGCCACUGAAGAAAGGGGAUCGAGUGAAAUACACUGGGCCUUCUAUGCGGAUUGAAGCUGAUGACAGGCCUUUAACCAGUGGGCAACGUGGGGAGGUAUAUGAGGUGAAUGGAGACCGAGUUGCAGUUAUUUUGGAUGUUGGCGAUGAUAGUAAAGUGAAUGAAGGAGAGAAGGAUGGAAAAGUGGCAGAGCAGUCUACAAAACCACCAAUUUAUUGGAUAGAUGUGAAGAACAUUGAGCAGGAUUUGGAUACCCAGGCAGAGGAUUGCUAUAUCGCAAUGGAGGCAUUAUGUGAGGUUUUGAACUCCAUGCAACCUCUUAUUGUCUAUUUCCCAGAUUCUUCUCAGUGGUUGUCCAGGGCAGCUCCCAGGUCUAAUCGUAAGGAGUUUGUCCGUAAGGUGCAGGAGAUGUUUGACCAAUUAUCAGGCCCAGUAGUUUUGAUUUGUGGCCAGAACAAAGUUGAAACUGGGUCCAAGGAAAAAGAAAAAUUUACAAUGAUACUCCCAAAUUUUGGUCGGCUUGCUAAGCUGCCUCUCCCCCUUAGGCGCCUUACUGAGGGACUUAAAGCAACAAAGAGAUCUGAUGAUAAUGAAAUUUAUAAGCUCUUCACCAAUGUUUUAUCUAUAUAUCCACCCAAGGAGGAAGAUCUCCUCAGAACAUUUAAUAAGCAGGUUGAAGAGGACAGAAGAAUUGUAAUAUAUAGAAGUAAUUUAAAUGAAUUACAUAAGGUUCUUGAGGAAAAUGAGCUGUCAUGUGUUGAUCUGUUGCAUGUAAACACCGAUGGUGUGAUACUGACAAAGCAGAAAGCUGAGAAAGUUGUUGGUUGGGCAAAAAAUCAUUACUUGUCAUCUUGUGAGCUUCCUUCCAUAAAAGGGGAGCGACUGUUCCUGCCUCGUGAAAGCCUUGAGAUUUCUAUUUCGAGGUUGAAGGAGCAAGAAACUGCAAAUAGAAAGCCUGCCCAGAACUUGAAGAGCCUUGCAAAGGAUGAGUAUGAGAGUAAUUUUGUCUCAGCUGUGGUACCUCCCAGUGAAAUUGGUGUGAAAUUUGAUGAUGUUGGUGCUCUCGAAGAUGUGAAAAAGGCCUUGAAUGAACUUGUCAUUCUUCCAAUGAGGAGACCUGAGCUCUUUUCUCGUGGAAAUUUGUUAAGGCCAUGCAAAGGAAUAUUACUUUUUGGACCUCCUGGAACUGGUAAAACCCUCAUUGCGAAGGCACUUGCUACAGAAGCAGGAGCAAACUUUAUCAGCAUAACUGGCUCGACUCUUACUUCAAAGUGGUUUGGUGAUGCCGAAAAGCUUACCAAGGCUCUCUUCUCUUUUGCCAGCAAGCUGGCACCUGUAAUAAUAUUUGUUGAUGAGGUUGACAGUUUGCUUGGUGCUCGAGGUGGUGCAUUUGAGCAUGAGGCAACUAGAAGAAUGAGAAAUGAGUUCAUGUCUGCAUGGGAUGGAUUGAGGUCCAAAGAAAGCCAGAAGAUCCUUAUCCUUGGUGCUACAAAUCGUCCGUUUGAUCUUGAUGAUGCAGUCAUUCGCCGCUUACCUAGGAGGAUAUAUGUGGACCUACCAGAUGAAAAAAAUCGUAUGAAGAUUUUAAGCAUUUUUCUUGCACAAGAAAAUUUGGAACCUAAUUUACAAUUGCAGGAACUUGCACACGCAACCGAGGGAUAUUCUGGCAGUGAUUUGAAGAACCUCUGUAUUGCUGCAGCAUAUAUACCUGUUCAAGAACUUUUAGAGGAAGAAAGGAAGAUGGGCAAAAAUGAUGUAUCUCCGGUACUGAGGCCUCUUACUUUGGAGGAUUUUAUUAAAUCAAAAACUAAGGUUGGUCCAUCUGUUGCAUAUGAUGCUGCGAGCAUGAAUGAGUUGAGAAAAUGGAAUGAACAGUAUGGAGAAGGCGGGAGCAGGAGAAAAUCACCUUUUGGUUUCUGAAGCUAAUAUAUAGCAUUGUUGGCCUACGACUUUAUUUGUUAUUAAAAGAAGCUCCAGGUCUAAUCUCAGAAAGAGAGGUGGGAUUUUCAUCCUUAUUGAAUGGAUGAGAAAGAGUGGUUGAGAGCAAUUGUAUGAUGUUUCAUGCAAUCUUUAGGUGUAUUGGAGUAAAAAUUUUUAAUCACAAUGUAUAUUAUGAGUAAAUUCCAUUUUCCA